AUGCCAGACAGGACUGUGAUCCUGAUAACGGGCUCCAGUAGAGGUAUCGGCAAGGCAUUGCUAUCAACAUACCUCCUCCGGCCCAAACAUACUCUCAUUGCAGGCCUGCGCGACCCCACCAGCACCGCAGCACUUGCCCUACAAGAUCUCCCACACGGCACCGAUAGCAAAAUAAUCACCGUGAAAAUCGACAGCACGUCCUCGACCGACGCGCAAGACGCCGCAGAAAUCCUGGUAUCCCAGCACGGCAUCACCAAGCUCGACAUGGUGAUCGCCAACGCCGGCGUGUCGAAAUACUUCGGCAAAGCGAGAGUCACGCCCGCAACCGAGAUGGCGGAUCAUUUCGCCGUCAACGCCGUCGCGCCGCUGCUGCUGUUUCAAGCAACCGCGUCGCUCCUGGAUGCAGCGGCGGCAGCGGCAGCACCAACAGCAACACCAACAGCGACGAUCCCCAACGGGAGUCCGAAAUUCGUGGUCCUGUCCUCCGGUGCCGGCAGCAUUGGGCUCGUGGAGAGCUUGCCGGUCGAGAAUACCGCUUAUGGAGCAUCCAAGGCCGCUGCGAAUUUCGUCACGCGCAGAAUUCACUAUGAGAACCCGCGGUUGAUUGCGUUUCCGAUCAAUCCGGGUUGGUUGCAGACUGAUCUAGGCAACCACGCGGCGAAAACUGCUGGAAUGACCACAGCGCCGGUGCCCAUCCAAGAUGGCGUGAAUGGCGUGAUCGACCAGAUUGAUAGGGCAACGAGGGAGGAUACUUCUGGGCAAUUCAUGGCAUACAACGGCGAAAAGGUGCCCUGGUGA